AUGGAUUGCUCAGAUAAAAAUUUAGAGGUGGAUAAAUAUUUGGAAGAUUUAAGCAAUUAAAUUGAAAUUUCAUCAGAUGAAAGAAAGGUCUAACCCCUAUUAGAGCUUAUUAAUUAAGCUGAACUUAAGUAAAAGGAUGAUAAUGAUUCCUAUAAGAAUAAACUUCCUUAUCCUUAAUAUGAUUGCAAAUAAAAAGACCAAAAUAUAAGUAAUAUGUAAUAAAAUAAUGCAAGCAUAUGCUCAAUCGAUAGCGAAAUAAAAUCUUUGAUUUCUGAUACAAAUUAAGAAAACGUUUGUUAAUAAUUUUAAAAAAACUUAUUAAUAGAAUAAGAAAAUGUAUCUAGUUUAGAAGAAGAAGAUUUAAAAAAAAUAGACAAAAUUAAUUCUACUUCACUCACAAACAUGUAGAACGAAAUUAAAUUAACUAGUGUAAAAAAUAUAAGAUUAAAUGAUCAAAUUGAAGAUGUUCCUUAAAUUAUCAAUUAGCAAACAUAAAAUUAGAACAUUUAGCCAUAAAAAUCUGCUUAAAUUUAAGAAGAAGAAGAAAAUAAAUAAGAUUUUCUUGAUAAGUCUAAUGAUAUUUAAAUGAAUAAGGAAAUUCAAAACAUUAUUUUGCUAAACCAGACAAAUAACUUUCAAGAUGAAAGCAAAAUGCAAUCUUAAUCACCAAGCUUUUAUUAAAGAGAAAAUGAUUAAGUUUAAUAAAAUGAAAAUUCUAAUGAAGUAACUUAAACUUAAGGCAUGGAUCCAAAAGAAGCUCUUGAAUUAAUUUAGAGUAAACUAUCCUAUUUAUAAGUAGAACUAAGUAAAAAAUUUAAUAUAAAUGAAUCAUUAAUAAAAAAAAUAUAAAAAAUGUAUAUUGAUGGUAGUUUGUCUAUGAAUGAAAUUUAAAAGUAAAUUAAUUAAAUUGAAUUAAGAGUUUUUGAGAUUUUCAAUGAAUUCGAUAAGUUAGAUGAGAAGUUCACUGAAUUGAGCAAAUAAUAAAAUUAAAAUUCUAAUAGCAAACUUUAAAUUGAGAGUUAAAGCAAAUACAAUUAAAAUAUCAACUCAAAGAGAGACAUAAGCUAGUUAGAAAACAAUUUUGACAUUUAAAAUGAAGAUAAUACUACAUAGUCUUUUAACAACAAUAUUUAAAAAGUCAUUCCAUCUCACAAAGAUAUUUUAAACGAGCUUAACUUACCAGAUUAAAACAGCUAAGGAGUUAUUAUGCACAAUAAAUAAUAAAUAGCUGAAAGCUAUUACCUUGACCUUGAAAAAUAAACACAUUCUAAUAAUGAAAAUAAUAAUUGUAUCACCAUCUAUGAUAGUAAAAGAGAACUUGUAAAAAAUAAAUUCAUAGAAUAUAGGUCUCAAGAUCUUUGUUUAUGCUAUUUAUCAUAUAACUUAGAUAGUGAAUCUGACUUAAAGAUAUAUAGUUCAGAUUUAUAUAAUAUUUAAAAAAAAUAAAAAUGUGCUUAUUAAUUUCUUUUUUAAUGUAUCAUAAAUGAAGAUAUGUAUGAUUCAAAAGAAUUUUCUCAGAAAGAAAAUAAUUAUUUGAAAAAAUUUGCUUCAGUUUUAAAAGAAUAUUUGCUUUUAAGAAAUAUGCAAAUCACCAAAAUAUAUCUUUAAUAAAGUAUAGAUGAAAAUAUAAAUAGCUUAUUUGUGACUUCUUCUAAUGAAAAUGAAGUAUUAAUAACUGAACUUUACUUAAGGGAUGCAGAAGCACAAUAUAAGCUACUGGUAGAUUACCAAGGUUUCUACUUAGGCAAGAUCAGAGAAUAAUAAAGCUUGUAAGAAGGACUUUCCUCUUAAAAGAAAGUCAGGCUUUGCUUAUUGCCCCUAAGAAAAAUUAGAUUCUAUGAAUUUGAAGAGCAACAUAUAAAAUAAUUAUAAAAAGAUUAAACCAAAGAUCUAAUAUUUAGACGCAGUAUGCUUAAAUGGUUUAGUAAUAAUAAUAAAUUCUUUUAAAUUGUAAAUAAUCUAACUGAAGGAUUUAAUGGAAAAUAAAUAAAUCUUAAAAAAUUUGUAGAUUCAAUAAUCGAAGAAUGCGAUUAAAAAUAUAUUAAAAAAUACUAUCUCCUUGAUAAUUCAGAAAACAUAUUAGCUUCAAAUGAUUGUAUAGAUGCUGAAGCUAUAUAAAAAGGAAUAGAUAAUUUCAAAAAAUACUAUUUUAUACAUAUUUUACUUUGUAAGAAACUUUAAGAAUCUGAUAUCCCUCCUUAAGUUUAAUAAAUAGUAAAUGAAUUAGAAUAAGUAGAAAAUAUUAAUUUUAAUAAAAUUUCACAAAAUAAUAACUAGCAUUAAACACAUCCAAUUGACCUGUUAAACUAGGAGCCAUCCAAAAAAUUUAAAUCUAAUAAUUAUAAUUGA